CCUCGCCGCAAUCACACAGGUGAAAGAACCACGAUAACGCGUUUGCACUAGAGCACGUGAACUUGUAUAUUUGAGGAACAAUACUCCCCGCUCGGACAAUGAAUCAAAUCAUUACCACGCGCAACCAUGGCAGCGAAUCCUCUUGGUGAUGUGAUGAUCCUGGGCAGGCCCGACGCUGUCGAGGGCAAGGCCGUCAAUCUCCCGAGCCACGAAGCGAUCAACGACUUCAGCGAAAAGAAGCAUGCUGCUCACGACGGAGACAUCGACAUCAAAGGCCCCUUGGACCCUGAGAUCAAGGCAGCUCUUCCCGAGUACGAUGGCGAUGGGCACGACAAGGACGGCGACGAUGAGGACCAUGUCAUUGUUACUGGCGCCGACGCAGCAGCCUAUCUACUGCCAAUGCGAGACGACUUUGUGCCUGCGUUGACUUUCCGAAGUCUGCUUCUGGCCACCGUUCUAUCAGGAUUCCAAGCCGUUGUGUACCAGAUCUACCAGUUCAAACCCACUCUCGUCACCAUCCAAGGAACAUUCAUCGUCCUCAUGGCCUACUUCCUCGGCAGGGGAUGGACCAAGCUACUACCCCGCGGCGACAAGUUCGAGGCUCGGUGGAGGGAAAAGGGUGGAGUUGGCAAGGCGCCUAUGUGGAUUACAAUCAUGUCCUUCUUCAACCAUGGCGAAUGGAACUUGAAAGAGCAUGCCAUCACAUCCAUCACCGCAACCUCCGCAUCGAUUGCUGCUCCCGCCAGUCAGGUCUUCGCUGCAUCUGACCUGUUCUACGACAUGCCUCUGAGCCCUGUCACAGUCAUCUUCAGCACCAUCUCUAUUGGACUCUUCGGCUACGGUAUCUGCGGUAUCAUGCGCCCCAUCUGCGUAUGGCACGUUGACUCGGUCUACUGGAGCAGUCUUCCUACAGUCAAGGUCCUUCAAGGUCUUCACUGGCAGACCGUCAAAGACUCAAAGCCUCUCCGAUGGUUCUGGAUCGCCUUCUCCUGCAUGUUCGUCUACGAGUUCUUUCCUGCCUACAUCUUCCCCUGGCUGAACUCCAUCUCGAUUCCUUGCCUGGCUGCCAUGCACGCGACUGGAAACACAGCAGCUACGCUUACCAACCUCUUUGGCGGUGCUACAAACAACGAGGGUCUUGGUUGGUUCAGCAUUUCGCUCGACUGGCAAUAUAUCACUUCUUUUCAGUCGUCACUGCCUCUCAAGCUGCAGCUCCACCAGACUGCCGGCUUUGUCUUCUGCUUUUUCAUCAUGCUCGGCAUUUACUACGGCAACGCUUGGGGUUCAAAGGACCUCCCUUUCAUGUCAACACGUCUCCUGACACAGGAGGGCAAGCAGUACCCAAGCGAAAGCGUCUUCAUUGGUGGCGUUUUGGAUGAGAAGGCUCUACUGCAAUACGGUCUGCCGAGGAUCACUGGUACUUUCGCCUACGCCAUGUUCAUGGCCAAUGCCGCGAUCGGUGCUCUCAUCGCCCACAUCGUGCUCUUCUGGGGCGGCGACACAGUUCGAGCGUUCAAAGAUGCUAAAAAAGGAAAGUUUGAUGAUCCUCACCACGCGCACAUGGCCAAGCACUACAAGGACGCGCCACAGUGGUGGUACCUCGUCGUCCUUGUCGUCAGUUUUGUGCUCGGUCUCGUCGUUGUCAUCAAGGAGAACGUCACUCUCCCCGUCUGGGCCUACGUUAUCGCACUGGUAAUGGGCACUAUCAUCUCGCCUUUCAGCACACUCCUCUACGCCCGCUUUGGUAACGGUAUUGCAACGAACAACCUGUCCAAGGUCAUUGCCGGAUUGAUCCUCCCCGGCCGCCCCAUUGGCAACAUGUACUUCGCCGCGUGGUCUCACAACGUCAUCAACAGCGCCGUGCAACUCAGCAUGGACCUGAAACUAGGCGAAUACCUCAAGAUCCCUCCUCGCGUCAUGUUCAUGACACAGAUCUACGGUACAGUCCUUGGCGGCUUCAUCAACUACGCCGUCAUGAUCUCCAUCGUAACAGGAAACAAGCACCUCCUCGCUGACACCGACGGCAACGCGUCGUGGAGUGGCGCAACCAUCCAAUCCUACAACACCAACGCCUCCACCUGGGCGCUCGCCGCGUACCUGUACAAGCAAGGAAAGGCCUACUCCAUCGUUCCCUUUGGCCUUCUCAUCGGUGCCGCCAUCGUCCUCGCUCAUCGCAUCUUCGUGCGCUUCGUGCCCAAGAUCGGUAACUUCUCCCUCCGCGAGAUCAACUUCCCUCAGUUCAUUCAGUACGCGGGAUACAUUCCUUACAACCAGAGUCAGACUUGCGUGCUUCUCAGCUGGACGAUUGUGGGUUUCUUCACGCAGUUCUACCUAAGGAACUACCGUCCCCGCAUCUUCAAGGACUACUCGUACCUUAUUGCGGGUGCCUUUGAUGGCGCGAGCUUGACUUGCUUGUUCAUCUUGUCGUUUGCUGUAUUUGGAGCUGGAGGCCCGGCGAUUCCGUUUCCGCAGUGGUGGGGGAACAAUGUUGCUGGUAACUACGAUUUGUGCCCUGUGGCGGAGUAGAGGAUGUGGACAGGUCGGCGUUACGCCACAACUGGAAGUCACAGCCAGAUAUAUACAGUUCACUGUCGAUUUAG